CCUCGUAUAUACCUACCUACCUUCAUUUACGAAUUCACACUACCAUGGUCAAUCUGCUGGCUCUCGCCAUUGCCGCCGCCACGGCGGUCGCCCAACAUGAAAUCGUUAACGGCACAGAAACUCCCAUUGGCAAGUACACGUACGUGACUGGUCUUCGCGUGGGUGCGUCUGGCGCGUCCGGGUGUGGCGCGUCGUUGGUGGCUCCUAAGAUCUUGGUCACCGCUGCCCACUGCGCCGCGUCGGCAUAUAUCUACGUCGCGUCGAUCGGGUCGCACUACCAGAAGGGCACCCAAGACGGCGAGCGCAUUAGGAUCGUCAAGCGCACGACGCACCCUAAGUACAACAAGACCAACUUUGACUUCGACUUCGCCGUGUACGAAUUGGAAACUCCGUCUACGUAUCCCCCGGUCAAGAUCAACUGGUCCCAAGACGCGACCGUUGCCCCUGGUCAAGUCGCGAUGGUGCGUGGGUGGGGCGCCACCUCGGCCGGCGGCAACUCGUCCGCCGUCAUGCUCGAGGCCGACGUCGCGAUCUGGUCCAAUGCCGACUGCCAGAAGGCCCUCACGUCCCGCUACACGAUCUUCCCCUCCAUGAUGUGUGCCGGCGGUGGCUUCAAGGACACCUGCCAAGGGGACUCUGGAGGUCCGUUGGUUGUCAACACGAACGGCGAAGAUUACCUCGUUGGCGUCACGAGCUGGGGCAUCGGAUGCGCUCGCCCCGGCAAUCCUGGUGUGUACGCUCGUAUUUCGGAAGCCCGCGACUUCAUCGAACCUUUCAUGACGACACCGCCGCCGACCACCGCCAUUGCGACGCCAGCUCCUACCACGACCAAGCCAGCCUGUUAAAUAAAUAUACAGCGUGCAUGGUCGAAUCAGAGUUGGCGAUUCCCGUCUUUGUGUAAGCUAGUUGUAUGAAAUAUUCGAAAACACGUUCCACC